AUGGCCGACGAACUGCCAAAACUACUUUGGGCCGACCUCGCCGCCAGAUUCACCUUCACCCACGCCAACCCUAAUGCCAACGACUACAAAGACCUCUUCCCCCGCCUAGAACCCGAGCCAAACCUGGUGCCAGGCAUCAAUGACUUCAUCCGCAUCUUCACAGAAGUCAUCGCGGAGCAUUCCUCUCGCGAACGCAGCAAAUACGCAAGAGAAUACACCAGCCCACCUCACGACGAGAUUCUGGUCGACGAUGAGACCGUCAGGGAAAUCAGCCCACUGUUCGGCCGGCUGCCUGGGUAUGAGCACCUUGUCAACAACCCCAGCUGUCGCCACCGUCCCGAUCCGCCGUGCAAAUGCCUCGUGCCCUACAGCGAGCGCCGUACAGACGGUCUCCUACGACGGUGGGAGGUGAACCACUGUUAUGAGUUUGAAGAGGUCAACGGCGCCGGCUGGAAAAGCUGGCAGUUCCUACUGACGCUGCUCAUCCACGGCAAAAUGGAGCCACUGCUCCGCCUCGCUGCAAAUCCUGACAACGACUUUGACAUAUGGUCGACGAGAAUGAUCAGCCAGGCGACCGGCGGCGACGCGUACUCGCAGUUACCCUACCUCUCUCACCUGUACUUCCUUGGCCUUCCAGAACGCCCAGCGGGCCUGGCUCCGUACACGCGGAUUCCCCAGCACGAUGUGUUCAACGUCGAAUACAUGCCGCAUGAUAGUGACAUCCGCCCAGUGGAGGAAAUGCUGAAGAAAAGAGGGCUGCCGACGGAGCUCGUCGCGGAGGUCAUGGAUUUGGCUAAUUUCAAGCCACGGCGAAGACUGAAAGUCGCACACGAUCCGUUUCACCGCGAUAAUCGGGAGGAGCUGGACAAGUACCUGGCGGAGUGCUGGGCAGUGAUGGUGCGAGGGGACGUGUUCGCAAAGGCAUUUGACUGCGAGAUGGACUGGGGCAACGAUUUGGUGAAGUCAUUCAAGCAGCUUUUCCCCGAUCUUCGCUCCAAAAGAGUUCCCAAGACGGUGCGGUCAGACGACGCCUACGUUCCCCUCAUUCAUAGGCUGGUUUGCAGAUCAGAUCAUGAGUAA